AUGGGCCGGUCAUUGUUCUCGCGAUUGACUGGAACGCCAGCCAACACUUCGGCAAACAAUCAACUGGUUCGCCAUGACGAUACUCAGCAGUCCACCGACAGCUCUCCCGCGCAUGUUUCUUUCCCGAGUGGAAUCAAGGUGCUUCAUGAUUGUCCUGACGCCACGAUCGAUAUAUGUUUUGUCCAUGGCUUGACUGGGAAUCGAGAGAGUACCUGGACGGCCGAGGGAAAACCCGAACCCUGGCCAAAGGCUCUCCUUCCAUCCGAGAUCGGGAAUGCUCGUAUCAUUACCUUUGGCUACGAUGCCUAUGUUGUGCGGGCAUCAGCGGCUAGCAAGAACCAUUUAAGGGAUCAUGCUGAUAACCUUGUCAAUGCUUUGACGGUGGAUAGAGCACGUAUCAAUGCCUCAACUCGCGCCCUGAUUUUUGUGGCUCAUAGUUUGGGGGGUCUUGUGUGCAAAAAAGCACUCUUAAGUUCACGAGUCAACGGCGAGGCUGAUCUUCGCGGCAUAUUCAAGUCCACCAAAGGCAUCAUUUUCAUGGGCACUCCUCACGAGGGAUCAUGGGCGGCAAACUGGGCAAUUUUUCCAGCAAAAUUGCUCAGCUUGAUCAAGUCUACCAACAUAAAUCUACUGGAUACCCUAGGCCGAGGUAAUGAAAUGCUCGAAGAUAUUCAACAUGAUUUUUUAUCAAUGAUUGCAAAUCCCCACAAAAAAAAUAGUGGGGGUAUCAAAGUGAUGUGCUUCUAUGAAGAAUUGGGAUAUGGCCCAAAAGGAAUCUGUUUUGUAUCCAAGAAAUCUGCAACCUUGGCAGGCCAAAACGACUUCAGCAUUCAUGCAACUCAUGAAAACAUGGUCAAAUUCGCUUCCAGCAAGGAUCCCGGAUUCCAUAUGCUGUGUGGAGUGUUGGUUAAAUGGGAACAUGAAAUCAAGGAAGAGACUGCUAAAGCUCUUGCUGAUCAGCAGCAGCAGCAGCAUGAGGGAACGAAAAGGCCGGGCGACGCAAAUCCUGGUCAAUCCGGUAACCAGCAUACUGGAAAUACCUAUAACUAUAACUCUGGAGGUGGAAACCAAUCUGGAAACACCUAUCAAUCUGGAAACACCUAUCAAUCUGGAAACACCUCUUACAACUCUGGAAGUGGACACCAAUUUCAAGGGAGUCAUUUCAAUGGAAAUGUAAGAUUUUAA